GCUCGAGAGCCUGGCUCAGACCCCGACCAAAGGGGCGGCCUCUGGUUCAGGUAGCCAUGUGGACGCCCGCUUCCCGCACGCCGCGGGGCGGCGGGGGCGAGAAGCGGCUGUGCCUGGCCUUGGCAGGAGCGGUGGCUUUGGUCUUGGCGCUCGGCUCCGAGUCCCUGGAGACGUCCUUCGUGUCGGCGCCUGGCCUCUGGCCGCUGGUCGCGCAGAGAACCGCAGACUCCGCCACGGCACUGGCGUCCUCCUACACGAAGUGGGUGGAGCCGACCAUCCCAGAGGAGCUAGUGAAGGAGGCUGCGGAGGAGGGGUUCCGGCUUAGACCAACCUACAGCCACAUGAAGAUUGGCUACGUGAUCUCCGACAAGAAUGAGAAGACCCGCAUCGCGCUGAUCGAGUACUUCCUGUUCAAUGCCAAGUACGGCGGGUGGUACAAGCGCACCAAGAAGAAGCACUUUCAUGACGAGUACGAGCUGUCGAAGCUCGGGGAUGUGGUGCUGAUCGCGCCCUACAGGAAGAGGAGCAACAUGAAGUGGUUCCGCUUGAUCGAGGUGCUGCGGAAGAAUCAGGCACCCGAGCACGUGUGAGGCUGCGGCCCGGAUUUUUCCGCGCCUCCCGGGAGAAAAGUGGGUUGAAAUUCGCGCGGCUGGCGGAUGGGCCUGAAGGGCGUUUGCGGGUGUGGAGACAGAUUGUGGUUUGGUGC